AUGUCGCUCGUCAUUGCUCGUCCGCAAAAGAAGGAUCGCCUCUCAUCGGGGCCUUCCACCUCAUCAACCGCCUUGUCGACAGAAAAAGCCACCGUGGUUGAAACGGAAAGACAGACCCCUCGAGCAGAUAGCCCGCCGCUCACCUGUGCGUCCGACGACCGUCGUUUCUGGUUCCAGCGCACCAAAGACUACAACCCCAAUGCUAUUGCAACGCAGCCGUCUGUGUUUGACGACCCUGAGCUUGCUGAGGAGUACCGGCCUCGAGCUGACUGGGAGAAUAUCCACCGAUUUGACCCAUCGGCACGCUGGACAUGGGCGGAAGAGCUCAAAGUCAUCCGGAAACUUGAUAUGCGCAUCAUGGUGCUGGCAUGCGUGAUGAUGAUAGCAUUAGAACUUGAUCGAUCCAACAUCCAGCAAGCGAAUGCCGACGAUUUCCUGACUGAUCUUGGCUUAUCUCGAGAUGACUACAACCUAGGAAACACGUUGUAUAGGCUGUGUUAUCUCCUCAGCGAGAUUCCCGCACAGUGUAUCGGCAAGUACAUGGGAGCAGAUAGGUGGAUCCCGCUGCAAAUGACAUGUUGGUCGGUCGUCGCAUGCUGUCAGUUCUGGCUCCAGGGCAGAGGGUCCUUUCUGGCCUGUCGCGCUCUGAUAGGCAUCCUGUCGGGGGGCUUUACACCAACAAUGAUCCUGUAUCUUUCCAAUUUCUACAAACAUCACGAGCUCUCCCUCCGCCUCGGCUUCUGGUAUUCAGGCAUGUCACUCGCAGACAUCGUGGCAGGUUUCCUCGCAUUCGGAGUCCUACACAUGCGCGGCUAUGACGGCAAGGCCGGCUGGCGCUGGCUCUUCUUGAUUGAGGGAGCCUUCACUCUAGCAAUUGGCCUUGUCGCCUUUCUCGUUCUACCCCCUUCGGUCACUCAGACGGCUCAUUGGGCCCGGGGGAGAAAGGGGUGGUUCACCGAGAGAGAGGAAAUCAUCUUGGUCAACCGGUUAAUCCGGGAAGACCCAAGCAAGGGCACGAUGCAUAACCGUCAGCCAUUCACCGCCAGGCUGGUAUGGCAGGGUGUCAAGGACUAUGACUUGUGGUGUCUGUACGCUAUCGGAAUCAUGUUUCUGAUGCCUUGGACGACUGUAUCGCAAUACUUCACCUUGUUCAUGCGCGAUUUUGGGUUCGAACCCUACAAGACUGUCCUGCUGGCCAUCCCAUACAACGCUAUGCAAGUUGUGACUCGCAUCAUCCUGACCUACACCAGCGAGAUACUGGGGACCCUUGCAUGGACGGGUGCCGCAGCGCAACUCUGGCUCCUACCGAUGCUUCUUUACAUGAACAUAGUGGACUUCAGUCAGGCGACAAAAUGGACUGCCUGGACAGUGCUGACCAUGCUUCUCGCAUUCCCAAGCGCACAUGCUCUUCAGGCGGGCUGGGUCUCGCGCAAUUCCAAUAGUGUGCGAUCUCGGGCGAUUGCAGCAGCUAUGUACAACAUGUGCACGCAGUUGUCUGCGAUUGUUGCCUCCAACAUUUAUCAAGAUUCGGAUGCACCUCGCUAUGUCCACGGAAACCGAGUUCUCCUGGCUCUCGUGUGCACCAAUAUCGCCAUCUACGUUGCCACAAAAGCGUACUAUAUGCUGCGGAACCGACGGCGGGACCGGACGUGGCAGGCGAUGACGGAAGAGCAGCGGAUGGAAUAUAUCGCGACUACCAAGGAAGAGGGAAAUCACCGGUUGGAUUUCCGAUUUGCACAUUGA